AUGGCUUCCACAGAGAAAGAGGACCAUGCAUCCGUGGAGAUCCAACACUCCGAAGUCAAGGGCUCAGAAGUCCUGGGCAACCAGGAACUGAUGAACGAUGCCUUCGACGGCGAGAAUGAAGAGCACCAGGAAGGUGUCUGGUCGGCGGCGCAGAAACAUCCCUGGGCCUGCUUCUGGGCCUUCGUGAUGUGCUUUACCAUUGUCAUGGAGUCCUUCGACAUGUUCUUGAACGGAAACUUCGUCGCCUUGACGGCCUUCCAGGAGAAAUAUGGUGUGGAGCUUGAUGGGAAAUGGGUGAUUCCAACAAAGUGGCAGAGUGCCCUCUUCCAGGCUGGUCAGUGUGGUGCGUUUGUGGGUGUCUUCUUGGCUGGUCCUGUUACCAAUCGUUUUGGAUACCGAUGGACCACCAUGUUCGCCCUGAUGCUGAUGAACGCGACAAUCUUUGUUUCUUUCUUUGCCAAUUCCCUGACCCUCUUGGUGGUGGGACAAGCAUUGGAAGGUGUCCCAUGGGGUUUCUUCAUCGCCAAUUCCCCCGCCUAUGCCAGUGAGAUCGUCCCCAUGGCGCUCCGUGGUGCCUGUACAGCGACUUUGCAGAUGAGUUGGUCGAUUGGAUCAAUCAUCGUCGCGGGUGCCACCUACGCCUACAACAAGAGGGACGAUCAAUGGGCGUGGCGUGUCCCUCUAGCCCUUCAAUGGCUCUUCCCUACUCCACUUCUGAUUCUUGUCUUCCUCGCCCCCGAAUCACCCUGGUGGCUGAUCCGCCGCGGCCGCAAGGCCGAAGCCAUGCGCUCCAUCGAGCGCCUCGGCAGCAAGGACCCCCAAAGAGUCCAACAAUCCUACGCGAUGAUUGAAAGAACCGUGCAGAUCGAAGCCUCUCAAGGCGGAGCACCCACCCUCCUCGAUCUACUCAAGGGCAGCGAUCUGCGCCGCACGAUCAUCACCUGUUUAGUUUACGCAUCGCAGAACUUUGCCGGCAACCUCAUCGCCAACCAAGCAACCUUCUUCUUCGAGCAAGCCGGCAUCAGCCCCAACAUGGCCUUCCAGCUCAACCUCGUCAACUCCUGUCUCCAAUUCGUCGCCAACGCCCUCUCCUGGUUCCUAACAGCCUGGUUCUGCCGCCGCACAAUCUACCUCUGGGGCACGGCCGUCAACAUCGUCCUCCUAGUCGUCCUGGGCGUCUGUGCCUCCAUAACCCAAAACACAGCCACGAACUACGCACAGGCCGUACUAGGAAUCUUGAUCUCAUUCGUCUUCGCCGGAACCAUGGGUCCCAUCUCAUACACCAUUAUCUCUGAGACUUCUUCUGUGCGUCUGCGCGCUCUUAGUACCGGUGUCGGUCGUGCGGCGUACUACGUUGCUGAGAUCCCAAUGAUUUAUCUUGCUUCUCAGAUGCUGAAUGCGACUGGGUGGAAUCUGGCUGGAAAGUGUGGAUAUGUCUGGGGUGGCACUGCGCUGGUUUGUUGGAUUUCGGCGUUCUUCUGGCUUCCUGAUCUGAAGCAUCGCUCGUAUCGCGAGGCGGAUAUCUUGUUCAAUCGCAAGGUUCCGGCUCGGAAGUUCAGAUCGACUGUUAUUGGGGUGCAUGAGAAUGAGUAG